AGAUCCGCGGCUCCGGCGGCUCGCAGGUCAAGGGUCCCCGGGCCUAGGACGGUGCUCCGGGGCGGAAGGAGCCGCUGCGCCGCGGCCAGGCCAGGUCCGGAGCCAGGAGGCGCGCGGGGGUGGGCGCUGCAGCCGCGGGUUGUUUAUCUGGAGUACGGAGGGGAGAGGGGAGCCUGGAAACCGCCCCGUGUCCCAUUUCCUCCUCUUGUUUUCGCUCCGGAUUCUCCAUGUUGGACCCAAACUGAGGAGCCCGGAGCUGCCGCCGGGGGAUCGGGGCCGGGGGCACCCGGGGGAGCCGCUGCCCGGGCCGCCCGCCCUCCCGACAGGCCGCCUCCCUUCCCGGCUCCGGGAGGGAACGCGAGCAGGGAUGUGAACAGCCGUGGGAGUCCGAGUGCUCGGAGCCCCAGCCCGAGCGGGCCCCCGCCCAGGCCCCCCAGCCCGGCCCGGCCCGGCCCGGCCCGGCCCGGCCCAGCCCAGCCCCGCGCGUCCGCCCGCCCGUCCUCCCGCGCAGGCAGCCCGGGCCCGCGGGAUUGUUAGAUGGAACACGGCUCCAUCAUCACCCAGGCGCGGAGGGAAGACGCCCUGGUGCUCACCAAGCAAGGCCUGGUCUCGAAGUCCUCCCCUAAGAAGCCUCGCGGACGUAACAUCUUCAAGGCCCUCUUCUGCUGUUUCCGUGCGCAGCAUGUCGGCCAGUCAAGCUCUUCCACUGAGCUCUCUGCGUACAAGGAGGAAGCCAACACCAUUGCUAAGUCGGACCUGCUCCAGUGUCUGCAGUACCAGUUUUACCAGAUCCCAGGGACCUGCCUGCUCCCAGAGGUGACCGAGGAAGACCAAGGAAGGAUCUGUGUGGUCAUUGACCUGGACGAAACCCUCGUGCAUAGCUCCUUUAAGCCUAUCAACAACGCCGACUUCAUAGUGCCUGUAGAGAUUGAGGGGACCACCCACCAGGUGUAUGUGCUCAAGAGGCCUUAUGUGGACGAGUUCCUGAGGCGAAUGGGGGAACUCUUUGAAUGUGUUCUCUUCACUGCCAGCCUGGCCAAGUACGCCGACCCUGUGACAGAUCUGCUGGACAGGUGUGGCGUGUUCCGGGCCCGCCUGUUCCGGGAGUCCUGUGUGUUCCACCAGGGCUGCUAUGUCAAGGACCUCAGCCGCCUGGGAAGGGACCUGCGCAAAACCCUCAUCCUGGACAACUCGCCUGCGUCUUACAUCUUCCACCCUGAGAAUGCAGUCCCCGUGCAGUCCUGGUUUGAUGACAUGGCAGACACAGAGCUGCUGAACCUGAUUCCCAUCUUUGAGGAACUGAGUGGAGCAGAGGAUGUCUACACCAGCCUUGGGCAGCUGCGGGCCCCUUAGCCUUCAUUGCUCCUGAGCAAUGGCCAUCCCAGUAGGGGGCUUCCCUACACUGUGCCUUUAUGAUCAGCCUGACAGACAGGCCGGAAGUGGAGCGUCUCGCCAAAUCAGGCCUGGAAAUAGCCGUGAUGGGGAAGCGCUGGGGACAGGUUAGAUGCCGAGUGGGCAGGCAUCAGGCCACGGCGACCCGGAGUUAGCUGCCUGGGCCCUGAGCCGGGUGCCCAGGCUGGAUGCCAGCAGAUGCGGGUGCACACGUGUGUGAGAGACCUCGAACCUAGCCCCGGGGCGUAAGUGGUUCCGUGUGGGAGGGAAACUGAAAGAUGAGCACUUUCCCCAGGCUGGUCCGUCUCCUGCCCAGAGAGCCUGAGAGCCGCCGCGCGCUGGGGAUGGAGACUGUUGGCGGCCUUGUUGCCAACGCCCCGGCCUUUCCUCAGUGUUGUGAGGCUUGCCAACGAGGGAGGGAGGGUCGGAGGCCGCCGGCAGGUGCCCAGGCACGCGCUUCCCUGAAUCCUUUCUCCAGCCAGCCGCUGCAGCCAGACGGACGUUCCAGGAAGAGGGAGACUUGCCUCCACGACGGGCUGCCCCAGCACUCACCGCGGCCCAAGGGCUGCGCCUGCCUCCAGCCCCGGUGCUGGGUUCCUUCCGUGUCUCCCCGAGACCUGGUGCCCGGCCCGCCUUCCCCGCCACCUAGCCAUAGUCCUCCCCAGGCGGGGAAGGAGGUCUUCUCCCUGGCCUGGGCGAGGACAGAUCACUCGUUUCCGUUCUUGGGACUCUUUAAAAAUCCUCUUUCUAAACGUGGCGUGUUGGACCUGUUCUGUCUGUGAUCCAGUUGCAGCCGGGGCCCGAGACCAACGCGGAAGCGCCGGUGUGCCGGGAAGAAGGAUGUCCCCACAGCGGGAGCACACGGCCCCUGACUCGGUGCCCGGCGGGGCUCGGGCUGAAGUGUGCUCUUCAGGGAUUCUCCGUGGUGCUGGGCCCGGGACCGGAGCUGGGACACGGACUAGGGCUCCAGGGUCCGGGAAAGGGAAGGCAGGCGCCCGAGGCCCGCCCCCCUGUCUCGUCUCCCGGGGCCUGCCCCCUGCGAGCUCUCUCUGCCCCCCCAGUCUUCGUCCUGCCGGGCUCGCCCUCCGAGGGCCCUCCUGCAUCCCCGGGGCUGAGGGGGAGUGGGUGUUCUCACCCUUCACUGCCCUCCUUCUGCAGGUGCCUCCUGUCUCUGGUCACGGGUGUGGACACAUGCUUCACACCUGCAUUUUCCGUAUCUCCUGCUUCCAGAGUUUUCUUAAGCGAAUGCUUUUAAAAAAAAAAAAAGUCAUACAAAUGAAAAAUUCCCCAAGAUAGAAAACAAAAGGGAAAGUGCUGGGAUCAGGGAUACAGCUCCACGGCAGGUACUGGCCUGGCCUGUGUGAACCCCGGAUCCCGUCCCAGGCACCGCCCCAAAGGGAGGGGGUGCUGCUACAACUGGGAGCACAAGGGGCCCCUCCCCCAAGGGGAGCCCCGCCUCAGCAUCACUGCCUUAAUCAUGACCCCCGGGUGGGGCGGGGUUCUCUCUCUCCCCUCCCUCCCUCCCCGCGCUCCGUGGCGGCAGGUGUUCCUAGUGUUCGUGUUCGUCAGUUGCUACAGGUGCACGGACCCCGCCUGCCCGGGGCUCAGCCCUGUGACUUGUUCGUGUCCCCCUCGCUCUCGGUUCCGCCUGGUGAUGAACUCCCAGGUGGGAGAGACGGUGGAGUGGCCGCCACACCGUGUGCGUGCUGGCCGUCCGCUGGCCUCUCCCCGGCACCCGCCCCUCCUCCCGGGAUGUGAGGCCUUACUCUUCCCUUGUGCUGGUGCCAAGUGGAGCGGAGUCCCCAGAGCCCCGGGCAUCCUCUCCUGGGGGCCGGGGGGUGCUGCAGAGUGGGAAAGUGCCCCAGCUGCCAGCCCAGAGCACUGUGUCCUGAGGGAGGUGGGGGCGUCCCGUUCUCAGGCCCACUGGGGUUCUCUCCAGGCCCUGCUGCCGCCCGGACGCUCGGGGAGGGGCCUCUCCCGACCCCCGCGCCGAGGGCCACGUCUGCCCCCCGCCCCCCCGGGCCCGCCAGGCUUCUCUGGCUAAGCAAUAAGAGGCUCUGAGCUGAUCCGGCCCUCGGACCCUUUCGGCCACCCCCUCCCCCUUUUUGGAUCUCUAUUUCCCGUGUGAAGGAAGAGCCCGUGCCACCCCUCUCCUGUCUGAGUGGGACCCUGCCCAGCGCCCGGCCCCUCUGGCGGGGGUGUCGCAUGAAGCCCCGCCCGCCCUCAGCCCGCCUCCCGCCCCGCCCCCAGAGAAGCAACUCAGCCAAACCCACCUGAACUGGACCCGCCCCGCCCAGGGCCGCCACCAGCGCAGGGCCGGCCGUCACUUGCCAUCCGGUUCCCGUGUCUGUGUGCCCGUGGCCGGUGUCGGUGGCCCAACUUGCUCCUGAGGAAUCAGGCCAGACUCGACUUCAGAGGAGGGCAAGGUCGGGGGGUGGGGGCGGGGGGAUGGUCUAGAGCUUUCGCCCGCGCUGCCUCCCGGCGCCUGGUCUCCGGGGAGUAGUGGCCUCCGCGCCCAGCCCGCACCAUCUCGAGCCAGGCCAGGUUCCGUUCGUCAAGGUGCCUCUUCAGGGACACGCCGUGUCUCUCUGAUUGGGCUUCUGAAUCAAAAGCCUGAUGUUCGUGUCCCCCUCAUAGGGGGAGCUUUGGACACAGGACCAGUGUGGAAAGGGUCCGCUAGGCGUGUCCACUCUGCACAUUGUAGAGGGGACACUUCCGGAGGCCCCUCGGUCCCUGAUGCUAGAGUCAAUUUGCCUUCGCUCACCGGGGACCUUCUGUUUCCUUCCCUCUUGCCUCCCAAAGAUGACGACCAUGUGGUAAGGUAGAACCACACCUCCUGAUGGCCCAGAAGCUUCUUCGUGCUCAGAGCAUGAGAAGUGUAAAGGUUUCCAUUCCCUAGGAAGUAGAUCCCCCCCCCUUUCAGUUCUGCCUCUCCCUCCCCGCUCCUGAGGCCUCGGUCAGGCGCUCUGGGCCCAGGGUCACCCUGGACUCCAUGUCCCGGCCACACCAAGUGUCUUAAGGACAGGAAGUGUGUUUUCCCCUUGAAGUCUUCAGUUGGUCACUUCCCACUGUCUUUCCCCCCCAACUCCCUUUGUUCUUUGUAAACUGGGCUUUUAAUUUUGUCUCUUUAAUGCCAGCAGAUGCUUGUGGGGAGGGAAGGCAGAAGUCUGACGAGCUCUCCCGGUUCUGUGAUGCUGUGGGCCUCCCCCUGCCGCCCUCUUCUUUGGGCCCCUUGAGCUUCUUUGCUCCCAGUCGCCCCAGGGUGGACGCAUCCCGUGUCCUGCCACCCUUCCCCCCUCGAGAUGCCAUUUGGAGGGCAGGGGGUCUGCUUUCCACCAUGACGCGGUGGGAUCCCAGCCACCCUCUCACAGGCUCAUGGUUUGAUCCAUUUGUUGUAUUCAAAAACUUGAAAUGUAGGACGCCACCAAGUGUCUGUUUAUAUUUUUGGAAUAUUUGUAUUACUUACAAUUAAUAAAAAGCGGUUUUAAAACCCUGUCCUGGAAUGGG